CUCUUGGGUUGAUUGUACCGACGUCGUUACUUUCCUCUACUCGCAUACCGAUACUUCGACAUAUCCGGUGGUUUCUACAGUCAAUCGGUCACUUCACUUUUUGGUUUUCGUGAUUUCCUGUUCUCAUCCAUCCCGCUUCGGCGAAAUUGAAUGGAGGCUAUUCUCAUCCGUGCAGCCCGUAACCGAGCUCUAUCCCUUCAUCAUUGCAAGCUACCUUCGAUUGCAACUGCUGCUCUUUGCUUAAGCAACUCACUCUUUCACACGGCAACUGCCAUCACUAUGCCGAGUCCUCCAUACGCCUAUCGCUCUUCAGAUUCGAAACCACUAGACCUUUCGGCUUUAGAAGCACAAAUCACAACCCUUGAAGAUCAGCGACAACGUGCAUUUGAGCUUUCUCGAGAUAUGCAGGUUGCCAUCCUACAAGCCAAAACGGCGCUGGAAUACAACGAGGACACAUCAUCCGUGACCACCAAACUCGAUACUUUGCUAGAAAAUCCGCUUUUGAAGCAGCUCGAUGCGUCAGAUCGGGCUCCUCGCCAUGCGAAUUUGUCCUUCAAAAUGGAGGACUACCUCCGGUUUUUGGCCUUCCAACGUUUUCUGCAGUCCGCCGACUUGCUUCCUCCUGCGGCACCCUUCACGGACGAAGAAUACUUGGGAGCAUGCAUGGGGCUGGCGCAAGACUUACAGCGCUACGGACUAGGUCGGGCUACCGUUCGCGAUGUCGCGUCCGUCCAGGCAGCCGCUGAUUUGGUCGGUGACCUCUUGGACUUUCUGCUGCAGCUGGAUUUUCGCAAUGGGCCACUCCGACGUAAAUACGAUGGGACCAAGUACAGUCUGAAGGCACUAGAAACCUUGUUGUACGAGCUGGCGGUAACGGAUAGUUCCCGUGCGGUCGAGGGGACAUCACCAGCGAAGCGUUCAAAGGUGGAAAAAGCUUCUACUAUGCUGCUGCCGCUGGACAGUUUGCAAGCGCUUAAAUCCCGCAUGGUCUAUCGCGAUGACCUGCGUGAAUCCUUGAUCAAAAAGUGCCGCGAUGGUCAAAAGGCUGCCAAACAGUCGAUCUUUGCACUCCAUCGCGGUGACAAAGAAAAAGCUUUGGAACUUUUGACUGAAUGUCACAACGGUAUUGUCAAUGAGCUACUACCGAUAGUUGUCGAAGAACCACUUCUUCGGAAUGGAUCGUUCGCCAACGUUUUGGAGGAGUAUGUGGAAGGCAAGCUCUUUUGUGCUUGGCUCUACGGAAAAGACUACGGUAGGGAUGUUGAAUCGGACCAGCCAAGCGGCACUGUCCUCAAACCCGAAGACUUUGAUAUCGCCUUAGAACCAGCGGAAUACUUGGGAGGGCUUUGCGAUUUGACGGGUGAAGUCGGCCGAUAUGCCGUGCAACGUGGAACAGCGCGUGAUGUCAGGGGAGUGCAGCUAUGUUUGGAAACCAACACGAGUAUUUAUACUGCGCUUCAAGCGAUUGGUCGCCUUCCCCAAGGCAUUCCAAAAAAGAUGGAUCAACUCCGAUACAGCGUGGAAAAAAUAGAACGUAUGCUAUACGAAAUGAGCCUUUCCGAGGCCGCGGGUGGACGGAAUGUUCGCAGUGAGGUUGAAGAGUCCUCUGCUAUGAACGAAGAGAACUAAGAUUCCUUGUGUUUGGAUUUAUAUCAGCACGAAGAGAAUUUUAUCUCGACAUCGUAGCUUCUAACCAUUUUACACGCUACCUAGUUUUAUAAGUGGCGUU